AUGGAAAAUACCACCAUCAAUGCUGCCUCCGAGAAGGCUCGGGACGAGAAAAAUGCAAAUCUUCCCGAUACAAAGAAGCAUGCUGCAACUCCGGAAGUGAAAAAAAAGAUAGACGUCUCCUCGAUUCCAUCUUCUGGGGAAGAUGUGAUCACCAAAAAUGACAAUGAUGUUAUCAGCUCAGCCGAUGAGAUUGUCACUCACGUUAUCAGAGUUGAGGAUGAUCCCACUGUCAGCCCGUGGAGUUUUCGGAUGGUGUUUCUCGUCGCUGAUCAGAACGCACUAGGGGCUGGUCUCUCGAUCUUUGGUGGUGUACUUCAGGAAAUCUUUUAUUUCAAGCCACAGACAAUCUUAGUCUCUCAGGUAUUUUUGACUGUGGUCGCGUACGUCCUAGGAGCGGGCAUGGCCUACGCAAUUCCUCGAAAGGGUAAAUUAGGGCGUUAUUUCAACCCGGGCCCAUUUAAUGCGAAGGAACACGCCACUGUUGCGCUUAUGGCAUCCGCGGCCUCGCAGUCAGCCUUGGCCACUGAGGCUUUGGCUGCGCAGCAGCUAUUCUAUGGCGGUUAUCCGAGUCAUGUGGCUAGUGUUUUCAUCACUUUUUCUUCGCAACUAAUAGGCUACGGUAUUGCGGGUCUCCGCGAUGUAAUUGUCCGGCCAACCAAGAUGCUGUGGCCAAUGACUUUGCCUAUCAGAAGUUUGCUGGAGUCUUUGCAUAAAGAUAAAAAGGAGUCUCAGUCCCGUCUCAAGAUAUUCUACGUCGUCUUUACUAUGUUGUUCUUCUGGACCAUUUUCCCCGAAUACAUCUUUCCAGUUUUGGAAGGCGUCUCAAUAUUCUGUCUUGCAAACCAGAAUAGCUUGGUGUUUACAAAUCUCUUUGGUGGAGCAUCCAGGAAUGAGGGCUUGGGAUUCUUAUCCUUUUGUUUCGACUGGAAUUACGUCUCUCCAACCGGAAGUCCGCUGUGGUACCCAUUGUAUGCAUUAACAAAUACGUUCGUUGGCUAUCUCAGCUGCAUCAUCCUUUUCUUGGAUGUCUACUAUGCGAAUAUCUUCAAUUCCCAGAAUUUUCCGUUCUUGUCGCAACUUCUAUUUUACGGCGAUUCAAAUUCGACAUACUACCACACCUAUAACCAGUCCGUAAUUCUCAAUCCCGAUUUCACUAUCAACGAGACAUUGUUACACGAGCAAGGUAUUCCCUGGCUGACAGGCAGCUAUCUAUGCUACCUGAUCACAUCAAAUAUGGGACUUACGGCAACAUUCACUCAUAUGCUCCUCUGGAACUUUGACGACAUUAAAGCAGGCUGGAUUUGGGCUGCACCGAGCGAGAUAAAAAAUGGUUCAAGUUAG